AUGUCGCUCCCUCCUAGGUGGUACCAGUUCCUGGUCUGUGUUUUUGCUUCGUUGGGUUCUGUGCUGUAUGGUUACGAUCUUGGUGUUAUUGCCGAGGCCAUCGCCAGUCCAUCACUGGUCAAUGAGUUUAAUAUCAAUACUACUGAGAGUGGAGCCAUUACUGCAGUCUUCACGGGCGGUGCUUUCUUUGGUUCCAUUUUCGCUGGUCCCCUGGGUGAUUAUUCGGGUCGUAAAAUUACCAUCCUCGUCGGCUCUAUUAUCUUUCUUCUAGGAGGUGGCCUACAAACUGGCGCACCUACAGUCGCCUUUCUGUAUGCCGGACGAGCCAUUGCCGGUCUCGGAGUUGGCAUCUUGGUCAUGAUCGUACCCAUCUACCAAGCCGAGCUCGCACAUCCCGAUAUUCGUGGACGUGUCACCUCCCUCCAGCAGCUCAUGCUGGGAGUUGGCUCUCUCGUCGCAUCCUGGAUCUCCUGGGGCACAUAUAUCAAUUUCGCCGACACAGACUCACGCCAAUGGCGCAUCUCCCUGGGAAUCCAAAUGGUCCCGGCCGUCUUCCUCGCCGCUUUGAUCCUGUUAUUCCCCGAGUCUCCACGUUGGCUGAUUGACCACGGCCGACUGGACGAAGGCCUGCAGACACUUGCGCGACUACACUCUCGCGGCGACAUUAAUGAUCCCUGGGUUCAGACGGAGUACGAUCAGAUUUGCAACUCCAUCGCCCAUGAGCAUGAAGCCGAGGCAAAGUCUUAUACUGAGCUCUUUACGGAUCGCUCUUGUUUCCGCCGUCUCUUUUUGGCCUGUUCCGUCCAGGCUGCUGCUCAGAUGACGGGUGUCAGUGCUAUCCAGUACUUCAGUCCUACUAUUUUCAAGCAGAUGGGCAUUGCUACCAACGACACACUCAAGUACCAGGGUAUCAGCUCGAUUAUUGCUAUUAUCGCCCAGUUCCUCUGUAUGCUCUUCAUUGAUAAGACUGGGCGCAGGUGGCCGCAGAUUCUUGGAAAUUUGGGCAAUUGUGUCUUCUUUAUCAUUCCCACCAUCCUCAUCGCCAAGUUUCCCCCGGGUACCACAGACAAUAACUCUGCCGGCUGGGCUUUUAUCAUCAUGACCUGGUGCUACAACUUCACCUACAGCGCCACUGUCGGACCCCUCACAUGGGUCAUCUGUGCCGAGAUCUUCGAUACCAAAACGCGAUCCAAGGGUGUCUCCAUCGCAACUAUGGUCUCCUUCGCCUUCAAUACGAUGAUCGGCCAGAUUACUGCUCCUGCCAUCGCUAAUAUCGGAGGUUGGGGCUUCUAUGUCAUUUUUUGCGUUUUCAACUUCACCAACGCGGUAUUCUUCUGGUUUGUGCUCCCUGAAACCACGAGACUGCCUCUGGAGGAUAUGAAUACUCUGUUCAGGAAUGAGCCGUGGUUUGUGCCUGGCACGCAGACUAAGAGGUUUAUUGAGCGGAGUAAGAUGCCGUUGCCUAUUAGUCCGGAAAAGAUUGAGCACUUUAGUACCCAUGAGGAAGUUCUUGCUUAG